AUGGAAAGGAACAAACCACUUCUCUGUGUUGGUACACUCAGUAAUACUGUUUCCGAUUCACAGGUUGGAGAUGUGGGACCCAUACUUGAUAAGAUGGCUGUGGUGCUAGAGAAUAUUCCAACUAAUACAGUUGCAGCUAGGACAACAAUCUCUGCUGUUUAUCUAACUGCAAAGAUGAUAUCUUCUGUUCCUAAUGCUUUUCCUGAUGCUCUAUUUCACCAAUUACUCCUAGCAAUGGGCCACCCAGACCAUGAAACACGAGUUGGAGCACACAGCAUUUUCUCUUUGGUGCUUAUGCCAUCUCUGGUUGCUCCUUGGUUAGAGCAGAAAAUGAACCCUUUGCAAGCUGUUUCAGCAUCUGUUUCUACAUUGCAGAAGGUAAAGGAUGGAAGUUUCUCUAUUCAGGAUGAAGGGAAAGACACAGGAGUACCGUUGAAUGGAGAACUGGAGAAAGAGGGAUGUGAAUUAUCAGAUGUCUAUGAGAAGCAAUUUGAUCAAUCUUACGGCUUCAAGAGUGCUUUGACUUGUGGAAGAACAGAACUAACUUCCCUUCGGUUAAGUAGUCACCAAGUGAGUCUUCUGCUUUCAUCGAUUUGGGUUCAGGCAACAUCUGCAACGAAUACUCCUGAAAAUUUUGAGGCAAUGGCCCACACUUAUAACGUUGCUUUACUGUUCACACGAUCAAAGGCCUCCAGUCACAUGGCUUUAGCAAGAUGUUUCCAGCUGGCAUUCUCCAUUAGGGCUAUUUCCUUGGAUCUAGAUGGAGGUUUGCAUCCAUCUCGUAGAAGGUCUCUCUUUACAUUGGCAUCGUACAUGCUUGUAUUUUCAGCCCGGGCUGGUGACCUCCCAGAGCUUAUUCCCAUUUUUAAAGCAUCUUUGGAAGAUAAAAUGGUUGAUCCCUGUCUUCAGUUGGUUGACGAUACCUGGCUGCAGGCAGUUUCUAUUGAGUCUUAUAAGGAGAAGAUAUCAUAUGGAUCGUUGCAGGAGGAUGAAGUCGCUACAUUUAAUUCUCUGUCAGCAGUUGAAUUAGAUGACCAACUAUUAAAAGAAACCGUGAUAUCCCACUUCAUGACUAAAUUUGCAAAAUUGUCAGAGGAUGAAUUAUCUAGCAUCAAGAAGGAACUCUUACAGGGAUUUUCACCUGAUGAUGCAUUUCCAUUAGGAGCUCCACUAUUUAUGGAGACACCACGACCAUGUUCUCCUCUUGCCCAGAUUGACUUCCCUGAUUUUGAUGAGGUGAUGCCUCCAGGUUCCUUGACAGAUGAAGAAGCCUUCCCUGAACCAAGUGGAAGCCAGUCAGACCGCAAAACAUCACUCUCCAUCAAUACACUUGACAUUCUAAGUGUUAAUCAGCUCCUGGAUUCAGUCCUCGAAACAGCCCGACAAGUUGCAAGCUUCCCAGUUUCCACAACACCCAUACCUUAUGACCAAAUGAAGAGCCAGUGUGAAGCCCUUGUAACGGGUAAACAGCAAAAGAUGGCAGUUCUUCAUAGUUUCAAGCAUCAAGUGGAUGCCAAGGCGAUAGUCCUCUCCAGUGAAUUUGAUAACACAUGUCCCACUUUACCAACCACGGCAAUGGAACUUUCAGAAGGGGAUCUAAAGUUGAAAAACAAGGAGCAAGUUCGAGUACAGAAUCAACUUAUCCUCUGCUCACGUGAGAUUGGGCAGCAUUCUUUCAAAUUACCACCUUCAAGCCCUUACGACAAAUUCUUGAAAGCUGCUGGAUGCUAA